AUGGAUAAUGAAGGACUAUGGAGUUACCAUGCUGAGGAUGUCUCUAUUCCUCAUGUUGAUCUACCCCGUGAAGUUUCUUCCAUGAAGAAGAACCAAUCUGUUUGCACGCAUGGAGGACUGUUACCAAUGCAUGUAGAUUUUGUCUACAGCACUAAGUUUGAGAAUCAAACAACGAUUGGUGAACUUAUUUUGUGUAACCCUUGCACUAGAGAGUACAAGAAGUUGCCUGACACGGGUAUAGGAAGGGGCAAUGAGGCUGGUUUCGGUUGGAUUUUCGGGUUUGGUUAUGAUAAGUUGAAUGGCGAUUAUAAACUAGUUGGGAUUUAUUGGGGCCUAUAUUCUGAUUCAGACUAUAAAAUCAUUGUGUCUAGCCUAAAGAAUAAUUCUCGGCGCAAGAUGGAUGAUUUAAAGGUUGGGGUUCCCAGUUUUGGGAAAAGGUUUUAUCUCGAGUAUGCAAGUGGAAAGCUCUAUUGGCCUGUCCAUGAUGGCAUGGGUAGUUGGGUUUUCUCUAUCCCUUAUGUUGAUCGUCCUCUUAAAAUUUCUGCCGAGAUGUCUCGGCCUAUUUGCAUGUCGAGGAAUGGUGAGGUACUGUUUGUCUUGUGCUCAGAGUUGUUACUUUACAAUCCUAAGGCUGAUACCUUUAGGAGGUAUCCAAAGAUAGGUUGUCUUCAUAACACAAUAAUGUAUGUUGAGAGCUUAGUUUCGGCAGCUAUCCAUGAUACUGUACAACCCGGAAAUAGCAUUGAAAUGGUAGAGAAAGGAAGUGGAUAA